ACAUGGCGCAUGUCAUGUUCCGCCAGCGAAGCUCUAGAGGUGGCCGUUCUCUAAGAAGACGCCAUGACAGCGAAGAAGAGACGGUUCACCUUGAUUUAACUAAAGGCGUGGCGGACAACCUGAGGGAGAUCCUGAUCUAUUUGGUGCGCCAAGACGGCAGCAAGCAGAGGAAACUAGCCUACCUUAACUGCCUCGUGAAGCUGAGUCCCAAGAUCACCCCCGAAACGGAACUUGGGUUGACCCUUGAGGAUAUAUUCUGCUGUCUGCGGGUGCUGCUUGUGCAUGAAGCGAGUGAAGUGAGAGCAGGAUGUCUUCGUGCCCUGCGCCAUCUCGUCAGAGACAUCGAUGCUGCUCGGGCACUUGUAGCGUCGCACAUUCCACGACUUGUGGCACGUGCCCUGGAUGCAGCCCUGGAGAGCCGCACGGAGCGGCUUCAAGCCUUGAGGCUGGUGCGACGUCUAGUAGCUGUGGCGCCUUUUGAGCUGCCAGCUCAGCUUGCUCGCAGCCUUGUUGCUGUUGCAGCAGAUGGCGCCAAGGAGACUGACGACCUUGUUCGGGCCUGUCUGGCUACUAUUUGUGAGCUAGCGUUGCUGAACCCUAAGCUAUGCGUGGACACUGGGGGCUUUCGCACGCUGCUUCAAAGUGUGCUCGACUGUCAUCACCCACCCCUGGCAGAGGCGAUGCUGGGCAUCAUUUUCCACUCAAUCAACGACCCAGCCACGCGUGAACUGCUCAGUCGAGACAUCGACCUUGAAUACUUGGUGGCCCCAUUCACGGACAGCCACUUCAAGUAUGCACCAGACACGCCAGAAAACAACUUGGGGUAUGACAGGGUUCUCAGGUUUCAGUCAAGUAGGAUAGCCAUGACUUCAGUACUCAGGUCCUGGCCAGGGAUGGUCCAUUUCUGCAAACCUCCGCCAUCUGGUCUGCAGUCUCUUGUAGAAGUUCUUUGUCUUCCCCUUCCUGACACAAGGAAAAACAUCAUCGAGUUGUUGUUCGACGUCUUCUGCCUUCGUACUCCGGAGUGGACGAGUGAUUUUGAAACUGCACUCAAGUCGGCUGAUCGUACGGCAAUUCGGGAGUCAUGGAAACUAUAUGAAGGCUUCGUGGUUGCUGAGGCCUGUGACCUUUUACCACCGCCGUCAAAGCACAGGUCGAACCUAGUGGGGAACUACUUGGCUCUUCUUUUACUAGCGUUUGUGCAGGCUGGAAUCUUGGAGGCACUAGUGGAAGUGAUUGUGUCAAGCGAAGAUGCAUUGGCUAUUCAAGCAACAAUACUGCUGGCAGAACUGCUGUACAUGGCGAGUGUCUACCUGCCCUCAGAAGCUAGUCGGCAUUGCCACUGCCUGCCAACGUUGAUGUCACAAGCAGCAGCUUUCGGAUCGCCUCAGGAGAAGCGCAUCCGUGCAAGCACUGCUGUGGCCCGUCUAUCACGCCUUCAUGCUCUGCGGCGAAAGAGCACGACACCAAGCAGUCUUUUCCUAGAUCAGCUUCUGCAGUUCUGCAGCCCGACAAAGCACCGCAGUGCCAACCAGGACUUCUGUGAGGCGGCAGGCAGGGUGCGCCUCAGUGCCUGCCUCCGCAAGGAGACCGACGAGAGCGCCCUGCAGAGCAUCCGCGACUCCCAGGUGCUCGUGCGCGAGUACAACUCCUGGGACUGGCACCUCGUGAGCUCGUUGCUCAAGUGGCCCAGCGAAUCACUGCGUGCGCUCAACGAGAAUACGCACAAGACUUUCAUCCGCCGCCUCGUCCUUUUCUACAAGCCGAGCAGCCGCCAGUUCUCGCUGAUGGAGACGAAGCGGGAGUGCGCAAACCAGGUCGUCACCGUCGGGUGCCAGCUGUUCGAGUUUCUGCUCGACGCCGACGAAGGUGCAACUGAGUUCAUCGAGGACUUUUUGAUCGACCUCUGCAACUGCCUUCACGAAGCACAGCUUCCUGGGGCUGCCAUGUCGGCGCUCCUGGGACCAUCCAGGAUGCUGGCGAUGGUCUCGCACGCCUACUUCCUCUUUGUUGGCCGGCUUGGUAGUUCCAGCAAGGGUUCGCGGCUUCUGGAGAGGCUCGGUGUGUACCAGCACAUUGUCACGCUGGUCACACUGGAAGGCCACGACCUGUACCUAAAGCUGGCACUGGCAUCCAUGGACUACACCAAGCCGGGCUUUGCGAGGUCCCUGCUGUCCACAGCGUUGACAACAAAAUGCGAGGACGCUCGACUCUACGCAACAAAGUUCCUCAGGGUCCUGCUUCGUCUGGAACUCUUAGACUUCAGAAAGUGGGUCAUGGAGCUUCUUGUGAUUCAGCUUUGUGACCCGAACCGUGCAGUCAUGCUGACGGCUGCUUCCAUCUUGGAUGAAGCCUGUGAUGUCAAGGAAAAUCUGGAAGCCCUGAUCGCACUGCGCCCAGUGCUACUAUCGUUCGGUGACCGAGGCCUGCUCUUGCACAUCCGUUUCCUGUCUGUGCCAAGUGGCUUCAAGUACAUGCUGGAAGCCGAACUGCUGGCACAUCAGCUGCGCAAGUGGGAUGAGGUUGACAAUCUUCGAUAUGUGAAGAUUGUUGAAGAUGCCAUCAGUCAAGCAGUGACCUGGCAUCAGCGAGGUGAAGAUGGAACCUAUGGAAGGCGGAGCAGUAACACGAGACUCAAAGUGCAAGAUGUGUUUGCCCCUCCUCACCUCUAUGGCCAGAUGGUACAGCACAAAGAAGGGCUGGAGUAUCUGCAGAAGCAUGGAAGCCUGGAGCACCAUUUUGAGACUGUCAUGGCUGGCGACAUGUCAAAUGAAGAGGCCCUUCUGCGACUCAAGGCAUCAUUGUGGACAGUGGGCCAUGUUGGAACAUCACCAGAAGGCUUUGCACUUGUGGCAGAUGCAGAUGUGCUCUCAUCUGUAGUCAGAAUGGCUCAAGAGUCUCCAAUAUACUCAAUUAGAGGGGUGUGCUUUUAUGUGCUGUGCUUACUGGCCAGCACGGGAGACUCUGUCGAGUAUCUUAGUGGCCUUGGUUGGGACUGCGUUCAGCACAAGCACAACGAGGUUUGGCCUGUGGCAUCGGACGCGCUGCGUGCCGUGAAAACGUCACCUGCACCACUCCGGGCACACACCUGGUCCAUAAGCAGUGCAGGGAGCCAGCAGAGCGAGAUGCUCACCGCCAGCGCUCUACACAGGCGCUUUCACGGCUCCGCAGCGUCGUCCCUGAGUUGCGUCGACGCUGGUGAGACGCCGCAGCGGAGGACUCUCAACUUUGUGUCGGAGCAGGCGAAGUCCCAAGCAGAGAGCAGCAACAGUGGCGUGCGUCAUUCACAGACCUUGCCGCGCAAUGUGACUCUGUCCCCUCGACACGAUGCUCUGGUUGCCUCGUCUCGGAGGCCGCGUUCCUCGUCGGACUGUAGGCCGGGCGAUGCGAGGCACGAUGCAAAUGGGGAGACAACGCAGAGACAGGUCUACAAGAGUCCGGAGGCAGUUGCAGUACACCCUUCUGUUGCUGAGUGCAGGCUGCUGUCGGUGCCUGACAGCUCAAAGGAUAGGUCGAGCUCGUUUGGAGGGAGCCGUGACUCGGGCACUGAGACAUCCUUUACUGAGAAAUGUUCCAGCAAUGCCGAGGUGAAAGGAGAGCGGAGUGACAGCAACGAGAGUGCCAUCACCACCGGCAAGAGCCGGUCUGACAGCUGCACAGACUCGACGACGAGCGGUGUGAGCUCGUGCGACGAGAAUGCUGCCACAGCGAGGACAGUGCAGACUUUGAGCCCAAUUGCGAGCUCGACCUCACUAAGCACUCUGGGUGGGAACAGGGGUGAUGGUGCUGUGAUGCCGCGGAGGCCCAGGGGAUUUAUUGGCGGUGUGCGGACACUUACGCGGAGCAGCACCGCGACAAGUCCCCUGUCUCCAGACUCUCCGGUGCUGAUGUACACGAGUGCACGGGAUGUGGCAGGCUAUGCGACGCUGCGGGCAGUGCGUGAGGCCUCCUCAAUGCGCCGCCGUCGGAAGCGUGUCUGUUCGGUUGGCUGCGAUGGUACAGAGCCGCACGGGGAGCUCUUUUCGCCUCCAUCUUUUGCUGGUUGGAGUCUCGAUCGUAGUGGCUUCUACAUAGGGGAGGAGCCUUAUCCAGAUGACACCACCAGCAUUCGGACUAUGUCAAUGUCAAGCACUGCUUCUGCAGCAACGGCCCGAUCAUCAGCGGGACGGACCGACGAGAGGUUCAUGGGACUCUGCGUGCCUGUUGAUACUGCACUAAUCUUUUCUGUUUAUGAUCACGUGCAGCCAUCUACAGGUGGCAGUGGUGAGGAUAAGUUGUCUGAAGGGACUGAAAGCGUUGAAGAGCGGAGUGAUGGCUUUGAGCUGCACACGACGCGAGAGUGUCUCCUCUGCCACAGCAUCGAGCGAGUUGCUAAGAUGAAGGAAAGGCUUGCUGGAAGCCCUGAGAAGUCAGUUAGUCCGGUUGGUGCAGUCAGUCCGACAAUUGAGGAACACUGUAGUGUGGAUCUUCGUCAAGCGGUCAUUGGAGCAUUUGCUUUUUCCCGUUCUAGUCAAACUAGGAGGAACCGGAAGUCGGGUGACCGGUCGGCAGUUGAAAUGGACUAUGACCCGAUUUCUGUGAGGCGAGAGAUGCUCAAGUACAUAGCAAACCUCAACAGCUCAGUCAUCAUGAAGGGAUCCGAACAGGCCCUUCUGACCCUUAAGCAGAAGUACCCAAGCGCCUUUCAGGAUGUGUGCCUUUACUCUGAGGUCUGUCUGCUGAUGUCACGGUAUCGCUAUAGGCUAGGAGCCCGUACCUUGCUUCAGGAACUGUUCUUUGACCUUAGUCUUGAAAAGCAAUUUUUCGAGGAAGCAGAAUGUAUAUUGAGGAUACCACAUGUGGUGGUAAUGCCACCUAAGGAGGAAUCGGAGGCCUGAAAGAAGCAAUGCCAACCAAAAAUAGUGAUCUGCAAGACGUAAACCUUGGCGUCUGCAAACUGCCAGUGCCGUUCUCUCCAACAUUGCGGUCAAACCUUGCUGUGUCCUGCUUGGGUGUUUUAGGGAAAAGCAUCUAUCAAUAUGUGAUGCCAAAUGGCUUCAAAUCAAGUACAUAGUUCGCAAGUUCGUUGGCUUGCAAUCGAAUGUUGUACAGCUGUGACGAGCUUAGCAAGUUUAGCCUGGCUACCCAGCAGUAGAAAUGCUGGAUCAGACUGUGAUGAGCUCAGCUUUGCUGAAAAAAAGCCAAAGCAAUUGUUGUAAUUUUCGCUCGGUGAUUGCACUCUCUGGCAGUGGCUCUACAGUGCUAAGGUGAACAUUGCUUUGUUGAUAAGAGGUGCAGACGUCUCUUGGCGUUUGUCCCAUGGACACGUGAGUUAUGCAAAUUGCUGUACAUGUGGCAGCCUGUUUGAAUGUUUAUCUAGGAUCUUUUGGGGUGGGGAUGUUUAAAUAUGACUGUGGGCGAAAUGUCAAAUCCUGGUUCCACAAGAAGUAACUGAAUUCAGUACUUCUGAAUGUGGUACUGCUUAGGUGGAGUAGCACUCGUGCGUUACGCAUCGGUUAAACAAGCGAGCUACUGUAUUUGCCUGAAUGUAAUGCUUUCCUUUUUGCCAAAAUUGUCGGCUGGGAGAAUAGCUUGUCUUAAAUUCAAAGGAUUUACACUAUCAAAUGUAGUGACCUUGGUCACUAAGCAAAUAAGGUUUACAGGAAAUCUGUCGUGCUAAUGUAGGAAUGUAAAGAUUUGCUAGUUCGAAUAUGCCAACCUUUAGAAAAGUUUUUAGUCGUCAAUGCUAAUACUCUUUGAAUUGCAUGUCACUUGUUAGAAUUACAUUGACUUGAGUUCUGGUGCUAACAUUGCAGAAGGUCUUGUUCUGUUUGUCGCCCAAAUAUUAAAUUGCGAUUGCAUUAGUUAGUUGGCAUCAUUUGACAAAACACUAUAGCUUCCAUCAUUUUCUUUUUUAAAACUAUUUUUCUGGGCGAAAAUGCCACUCAUUAUAGGAUAUCAAAGCUUGAAAUAUGCAGUCUUGUGAGGUUUGGGGAACAAAACCUUGCUAUGUAGAAAACAUUUUUUAAAUGUUGUUAGGUAGUUUAAAAACACGAGUUGAUGUGUGAUUGUGAUGUUUUCACACUUUCCCUGUCUUUCAAAAGUGAUAGACCUCUUAUAUCUGUGUCUGCAUCGCAUUAAUGCAAAUACAGUAUCUCGUGUUGUUGUUGUGCAAGUUAACUGCAUGCAUUUCGACACUAAUGGAAGAGAGUGAGGGGGAUGAACAGCAAGUUACACGUGUGACAUAGCAUUUUUUUUUUUUGUCACUGCAUAACCAGGAAUUAAGGAUGUGCCAAGCUGCUUUGUAAAUUGUUCUCAGGUUUGCAAUUUUCUCUUAUCCCGGUGUGGUGCUUUUAUAGUAACCAGUACAUAUGUGACUUCUGUAAAUAUGUAAAGGGUUUCCAGCAUGUGUACAUAGACCCAGGCGUGCCUUUUGCUGCUGGUAUACUAUGGCGCGCAUGCUCGUGUUUUUUGUAUUUAUUAAAACAAAAAAAAUCUUGGUAUUCUCUUUGCUUAAGGGGCUGUUUUAACGUAGUGUUAGUUGGUGUGUUAGAUUUGGGUUAUAAGUUUCUUUUUGUGUGUGUAUCUGUAUGUGCGUGUAUUACAAUCUAGUAGCUUAUUCCUACUUACACUUGAUGAAUAUAAUGAAACCUGUCAGCGUUGCUUUGUGAUGGUUAUUUGCCAGUUUAUAUGUGGCAACGAGAUGGAAAAGUGUUAUUUUAUAUAAUAGAAUAUGUUCAUUGCCCUGUGUGAGGGAUGUUUUUUACUUGUGCAGGAGCAAUAAGUUGUUUGAAAUCGUGUGCGAAUAUUUUAGCAUAAAAAUGAGGGGUGUGGGAACAGUGAAACUUGACUUACAUAAAUAGUGGCCUAAAAUAUUGAAUUGAAUGCCAGAUGCUAAAGAUUUUAUGGAAAAUUGAAAGAAAGAACAAAGAAAUUGAAUCUGCUCAUGUCCCUGGGCACAUAACAUGGCUACUGAAAGGCUGCAAAUUCUCUUACACAAAACGCAAGCUUUUCUACAUGAUCUUGCUCCAAGCUCUCUCUCGGUGAUUUUGCUAUCUUUUCUGCGGUUGAAAACAUCUGCUCACUUGGCACCUCAGUAGCAGAAAUUGUGAGGUAUCGCAAAGCAAUUUCGGCAAUAUCUAGAUAACGUGCUGCUUCCACUCUCUCUCCUGUAUUUCAAAGGGUCAUCCUUUCUUGGUAUCAGAAGCUCAUUGAAGUAUUUUGUGAACCUCUUGAUUAUAAGGUCUGAGCUGGGUAUUUUUUAUGUUACCUCUCCAAUAUAGUCUCCGAGACUGUACCCUGGCCUUCUUUGCUGGAACCAUGGCAGGCAGAAAUGACGUAAUCUAAAGUAAUUAAGUUCUCGCUUUUGAACUGGGAUGUUAAUGAAAGUGUGUAACGAAAGGCCUACUGUAACGAAGUUGACAUUUGUUUUAGCCACAUUGUCUUCACCAAUUUGCAGCAGUGACCUUUGUUGUGUUUUAGAUAUUCAUUUUGUCAAUUUAUUCGAUUAGAUAUUAUUGGAUUCAAAUUUGAAACUCGAAUAUUCACACACCUCUAAUAAAAAUACUUCUGGUCAAGACGGGGGCAUGAAGCAGACCCAGAACUAUUCAAACUCGAAAUUGGGGUAUCUUUACAAGUUCCUAAAUUUUGGCCAGCCCACUGUGUUAUCAGUGCUUUCAAAACUUCCAAAUUGAAACAAGGUGUUUCUGUAGCUGGAGUUUUUCGCUUUGCUAGGGCAGGUGAUAGAGCCAAUAAUGGCUACUUCAAGAACAGUUGUGAGGCGAUAAAGACAUACUAAAUGAAGUUAUUAAUCGAAGCUAUGUAAGCAGAUGCGACUAUCAAACUACUAGUUGCACAAAUCAAGAAUGAAUGGGAUUUUUCGCAUUUGCACUUGGUCAACUAGCCUUCUGCCCAGCUGAGUUCAUCAUGCUCCAUGGAGGUUUUUUUCAGUCACUCUGAGGCUUUUUUUUUUUUUUUAGAAAUUUAUACAGGUUUUCCUUGCAAAUUAAUGCUGAGGUGGGUUGUUGACCAUUUUUCUUUCCAUUACCUUUUCUCUACCUUUUGAGCUGCUCCAGAUGUGGUUUGCCAUAAGUUAGGGUAUACUUAUAGUAAACAACACAUGUGGAACUGCAAACAAUCAAAUAUCAUUCAGUAUUGAGACCUUGUAGAGUAGAGGGCUCAGAAGUAUGACAUUGCAGCCACCUUAACCUACAUCCUACAUCUGCUAUGUUAAGCAUAUUGGCAGUAUCUGGUUGGCACUAGUCAGUUGUCUGUCAGUAAAGCAUUAAAUUGCAUUGUAAAUUGGGUACAAUAUCGUGCUGAUAACUUUUAUGAAUUGUGGCAAUAUCUUUGUCAUUGCAUUGAUGUCACUAGUUCUGUUUUGUCUUGGGUGCUCGUUGUGAACAAAACAAAAGGGGGGGGGGGAAUGGGCAUGAAGGGUUGGCAUUAAGCUUUUGCUUUUAUUUUACCCCACCAGUUCACUAUGCUUCUUUGCCAGCACUUCGCAAAAAUAAUCUGCCUGUCAGAACUUCAGCCAAACCUUUGCUUUGCCCACUUUUGUUAUUCGAGAUGCUAUGUGAACGUAUGUCCACAACUCCUUCAGUGGCAAUGCACUCUUGCUACACUGUGGCAUUGAAGGAAAAGCUGCAGUGGCUAAAGGCAUGCAUGACAGUGCUUUUCAGUAUGGGCUCAUUCUUAGUUGUGUUUAUUCAAGCUGUGGAACCAAAAAAAAGUCAUUAGGAGUGUUCAGAUAAUGAACUGUCUGCAUAGAGUAUAGACAUUAGUCAAUGACCUUUGAAUAUUGAGUCCAAGUUUCUUCUUCAUUUUGGAGUAAGUUGAGGUGGAUAUAUUUCUGUGCAAUCGAUUGGUCAAGAAAAUAAGGCUUAUUCAAAAUAGUAUUUGCCACAUACAUGUAGUGCCAUUGAUAGUUGGAUGUGCAAUCAACUGAGCUGCUUGUAAAUGAUGAGCAUCUGCUGUAUGUUAUGUAUAGAGCGCUAUACCUAUGGCACAGCACCAUUUGAACAUCUACUUUUUGAGGAAUGUAUUUUGCCACAGCACCACAUACUGUAUUUAAUGUGCGGGGCAAGACUGCCUUAUACAUCUGAUUGAAUUGUCCAAACUGGGAUCAGAUUCCUAAUGGUGCCUAAAAUUGACACUCUUAUUUAAUGUUAGAAAUUUAUUUAACAGUUUACAUCUGCCCAUGCAUUUUUUUAGGUUCUAGAGCCUCAUAACUUAUGCAAGCGCUAAAGGCACGUACGUAAGAUGAGCAAAGGGCACAGGACAGGCGCUACUUUCAACUGAAAUUUUAUUGGAAGGGAACACUAAAUAUAUAGGUGUAGCCUUUAGAAAAAAAAAAAGCAUUAAAACAAGACAAGAAUAAAAAAAAACAAUGGAAAAGGAACAUGCUAUCACUAUGCAGAGUUCAUUCACGCUGGCACGGGUCUAGGUGAAGACUUGGUCAGACAACACGCCGAUAGCAUCUGCAGAAGUUCCAAGGAACGCAUUAUGUGACUGUCUUAUACACCACUCCAGACAGUGCAGUUCCUUGCUUGUCAAGGCAAUUGAAGGAGCACUAACUACAAUUAAAUCACCCCUCUUCACCUCAGCUGCCUGGUUAAUCAGUCUAUAGUCAAUGUCCGAGUCUGCUAUUGAAAAAAAGGUUCACUCACAUUCUUGAUAGUGAUCUGCGAGAUGCCCAUCCAAUCCUUUGCGCACCUUAUUGAGAUGCUCACUUCGACGGACAUUGAUACAGUGAUCUGUCUGCCUUACAUAGUCUAGUAAUGGCAGCCCUUCUUCAGUAGCUUAUUAAAUUGAAUACGUAAUGAACAUGAAAAACCAAUCAGUGUUUGAAAUUUCAGGAUGUUGGCUUAUUUCUAAGAGUCAUUUUUACACUUGCUGUAAAACUUAAUUUUAACAUUCCCACAUUCCCUCUUUGCUCUCUUGCGUUUUGUGAAUUUGAAGACCACUGCGAGUAGUGUGCCAUGCUGAUUCAGUAUGUGCUUUCAGAAACUGAACUAUGGAAAGCAUUGCCAAUCAGUUGGGGAGUACACGGUGCACCUACACAUGUACAGUGCUCACGGAAUUAAAUGCAGCUGUAUGAUUUUAGUAAUAACUGGUAUGCACAAUUUUUUGCGAUGACCGCUUUAUGUCACUGUGAAUCCGGCCACUAAAGGUGAUUAUGGCUCUGGUGUAAGCAUAUGAGCCAAUAUCACACUGAUGCAACACAUACUGAAGGCAGUGAGAAAAAAAAGUAUGUGCUUUACCUAGCCCUAAAUUGUCGCACUUCGCAAAAACUCUGCCCUUGCAGCCUUUUCUUCAUCUCCACAGAAGCAUGUCCUCGAUCAACCUUGCGUGUUCUUAUUUUGAACGGUCACAUUAACCAAUUUUGCCACAUCAACGAAUUUGCAACCUUAUUAGCCCCGAUUGAAUCACAGGGCUACAGCGCCUUCCUUUGUUACAGGAUCUGUCAAUAUUCCGAGUAUUUUACAGUGUUUAAAUAGCGCCCUUGGUCACCUCGGAUGCUACAUGUGUAUUGUGUACAGCAGAAACUGUUUAGUAUUCUUUUCAUGGGGCUGAUAUGAAGGACCUAUAUUAUUAUGAAAAUUAUGUGGCGUGUAUGUUCAAUUGCACAAACCAUAAUCGCAUCAAGCCUACUGGUCUCCCAUCAUGCCCUUACGGGAGCUCUCACUUGGAUCUAUUCCUAAUUUUAGUUAGGCACCUUGUAAAUUGUAAAAUGUUGUCUAGGACGCGUUUUACCGAAAUUGUUUUCCAAGUCUGUUCGGUACCGAAAGAGUUGGAAGUAAUUUAAUUGUUCUGCUUCUGUGCUCAACAGAGCUUUCCCUCUUUGUCUGGGCUAUCACAUGUAUGUGGCAUUCCAGUCAAGGGAGCUUGUCGUGUUUGUGGAGCACAUGUGAGACGAGGCACUGUUGCAACAUUGGAGCUGUUUUCUUCUUCAUUUCUUUAGUGCCAAAGCAGAAGCAGUCACAAGUUCUUGAUGUGCUUGUGGUAUUGCCUGACCACGUCUUCUUUUCGUGGGCAAUCGCAUCUGUUCCACUGAUGCUGCAUGUUCAUGUGACGAACAGUGCCUCUUUCUCAUCUUUUGUUUCUGCUUUGCUUUGGGCUGCGUUCUCAAUGGCAACAUAACAUGCUUUGCAUUGAACGAUAAACCGAGGUCCUGUGCUAUGGUCAGUCGAAUUCCAAGCAUUGUGUGUGUGUGUGACUUCAACUCUUGCUCAAAGCGCUGCUUUCUCAAGAAUCUCUUCGUACUUCACAGAUAAAAUCACAUGAGCCACACCUGUUUAUUUUCAAUGCUCAAACCUGGUGAGGGGGCCCUUAAAGUGCCAGUAAACAAUCCUGAGGUCCAAAAAUUGUUAUGGAGCAAAAUAUGCACGCUUUUGCUAUGUAAACAUGCUGCCGUAA